CCGGGGCGGGGCCGCUGCGCCCGGGCCGCCUCUUCUGGGCCAUAAAACCAGCGCGCGGGCUCCUCCAGGCCACCACGCGCCGGACAAGAACGAGUGCCCUGUCUUCUCUCGCUUUGGGAUCCCCAGCCUCACCUCUGAUCGAAAUGGACCCCAACUGCUCCUGCGCCACUGGUGGCUCCUGCGCCUGCGCCGGCUCCUGCAAAUGCAAAGAGUGCAAAUGCACCUCCUGCAAGAAGAGCUGCUGCUCCUGCUGCCCCGUGGGCUGUGCCAAGUGCGCCCAGGGCUGCGUCUGCAAAGGAGCCUCCGACAAGUGCAGCUGCUGUGCGUGACGCGUGAUGCGUGACGCGGGGAGAGCCUGCCUGGAUGUAAAUAGAGAAAUGUCUACAAACCUGCAUUUUCGGAUAUAUUUUCAUAAACCCUGACCCAGUUGCUAUGUCCCUUUUUGUAUGAAAUAUUUGAAUGACAAUAAACGUUUCGAGACUCUCUG